AUGCCUUUCGACCGCACGAACUGGCACCCUCACGCUCUCGGCUCCUCCGCAUCUGUUCCCGAAAUCUCCACAUGGCAUCCCGGGAAUCAUGGGAUCGGCGCUAAUGCCGCCUCGAACAGCCGGUUCGCCUCGUACGCACUCAAUCCGGUGUAUGAAGGCUCAGCUCCUGCCCGAACCAGGCCAGGCUCGGGCCGAACCUGGAGCCUCAUGGAGGAGGUGGAAGGGUCGGAGGACGACCCGGAACACGUGUCCGGCGGUGGUUCGUGGGACAGCGGGCGGAGAGCGCGACCAUCUUAUAGCAGUGGGUUGACAGUAGAGGGUAGAACUACAGGCGGAGCAGCAAUGGGGUAUGCCGGAGGGGUGGAGUACGGUGCGAGGAGCAGCAGUUGCGGUCAGCUGCCAGGGGUAGAGGAAUCGACGCCUUUGGAUAGUCACAAAGGCAACAGCAACAACUUUACCAACAAAAUUAUCAACGGCGGAAACAGCAGCAGCAAUGCUCAAUAUGGCCAUACAGGAUUUGUGUUCACGGCCAGUCGGCCAGAAGAGCACGCAGGGUUAGGGCCUCGUGCGGGGCUUGCGAGCAAUGCGCAUGGACGACAGGCUAAAGGGUGGGGUCCCAGCUCGUUAGGCAGCGCAGCAGCAGCAGCAGGAGCAGGAGGAGCAGGAGGAGGGCCGGGGCGGGGAGCGGGCGAGGCGAGGUCUCUGCCUCUCCGGUGGGCGGGGGACGGGCUCUUAGAGACGGUCCGCGAGCAUGAGAGUUUUGUGCACAGGCCCACAGUCGGCGCGGCCGUUGCUGAAGCUGCUGACGCCAAGGCUGGUAACGCCGAGGCGGAGAGGCCCUGGUUUCCUGGCGCAUCCGGAGAGACCAUACCUGAAGAAAGCGGGGGUGCGUUUCCUGGACCACCUCCUCCUAUGAGUGUAGGGCCGUAUUUGGCGCAAAGCGGGGGGUUGUUUUCGGGUCUUUUGGUGCAGGAGCAGCAGCGGUGGGCGCUUCCGGAUUCGGAGAUGGGAUGGGGGGACGCGGGUGGCGCUCGGGUAGAGGAAGCGGGGCGGGCAGGAGGCGGAAGAGGGGAGAACGGGGCGGGGGUAAGGGAUGACGGGGCAGACGUGGAGUUCGCUGAUUGGCUGAUGGUUCCUGGGGAAGGGGAAGAGGAGAUUCCGGGUGACUUAUUAGGCGGAGGGGGAGGUCAGUGUGGGCCUAAUACCCGUGUGGCAGACGGUCAUGGAGAUGGGCUAGUAGGGGAUGCUGUUGAUGCUCGUCAUGCUGGUGCUGUUUCUGCUGGUGAUGCUUCUAUCGGGGAUGUUUCUGGUGGUGCUGUUUCUGGUGGUGCUGUUUCUGGCGUUGCGGAGUGCACAGCAGAGGGAGCGCGAGGACAGGGAGACGGCUUCAGCAUGCACAACGGGGAAGCUUGUAUGGGGGAUAGAGGGUCGACUCAGGAUGGGGAGGGAGCAUUAGGGCGCGAGGGGGGCGGGGAGUGGACGGUGGAGCGAGAAGGAGAGGAGGGAGACGUGCUGUCGGAGCGCCCUAGUCUGCCUGACGACCUCGCCUGGUGCUCCUGGCCGGGCUGUGAAGACAUGGCCACUGCUCGUCGCCCUGCUCACGCCCCACCUCGUGCUUCUGCGCACACUCUCUUGCAUGACUUCUCGCGAGCAGCAGCACGAGCGGACGCAGGAGCGGAAGCAGCAGGAGCAGGUACUGGAGUGUCAGGUGGUGGCGUUGGUGCCGCCGCCGCUGCUGCUGCUGCUGCUGCUGCUGCUGCUGCUGGUGGUAUGUCAUCUGGCGUGGACGGGGGUCCGGCCCCGCUGUGUCGCGGACACCAGGCGCUCACGUUAGACAAGCGAGUGCGGGGGGGUUGCCUGAUGAGCGUGCUCCAGUCGCGCGCAGCUGCGGAGGAGCUGGCUCAAGCAGGCCACGAGGAGGGGAACUUUGCUAAUGAUAAUGGUGAUGGUGAUGAUGACGACGAUGAUGGUGAUGAUGGUGAUGAUGAUGUGGCUGAUGGUGGUGCUGACGUGGCAGCCCUGGAGCUCAAUACGGACACAGAUGCGGAUUUCAGCGCCUUUGCUGGCCCGUUUGCGUCCGGCCCCUUCGCUGCUAGUCCGUUUGUGAGUGGUUUCAAUGGGUUUGGCGGGUUCGGCCACCCCUCUGGUGGACACCUUGAAGGGCACGUGCUAUUCGAGGAGGCCCCAUUUGACCUCGACUUUGCUGCCUUCUGGGGGUUUGGCACAGCGCCUGAGGACGCGGCUGGGGUGACUGCAGCGGGUGAGACAGUAGCGAGUUUUCCAGGGGCGGAGGGAGCAGUAGCGGAAGCAGCAGAGGCUGGAGAGAAGAGCAGGGGGGCGGAACCUUUAGAUGGAGUGAGGGAGGUGGAAGCAGAGGGAGCCGUUGCAGGGACAGCAGGGGGGGAUGGAGAUGGGGCAGCGGAAGGGCAAGGGCAAGGGGAAGGGCAAGGGGAAGGGGAAGGGGAAGGGGAAGGGGAGGGGGAAGGGGAGGGGGAAGGGGAGAACGAGGAGGCUAUGGACUGUGAUAUGAUGUUCAUGUCAUGGGGUAUGCCGCACAUGCCCCCUCCUCAGCAGCCCAAAGCUCCACCCCAGCAGAACAAGCCUCUAGGUGCCGGGGUUAAGCUGGGAUUUCAGCAGCCCAGUGGGGUCAAAUCCGCUCAGGAGAAAGCGCAGGUUGAGAAGCAGGUUAAGGCAGAGCAGACUCAGGGCCAGGUCAAUCAGGCGCAGGUGCUGUCAAGGGCCCCACAGGUGGAUAUUCAGGUGUCAGCGCAGGUGCCCGAUCCAGCUGCUGGGACUCUCGCUGCUGCCAAUGCUGCUGCUGCUGCUGCUGGUAACGCUGCUGCUGCUGCUGUUGCUACUGCUGGUGCCGGUGGCAGCUGUGUGGGCGCUGCACCUAGUGCUGCUGAGCAGCCCCUGAAGCAGGAUCAGCCAGGAAAGCCAAACCGGCUUGCUGCUCGAGAUAUCCCAACGCGAAAGAGGGCAGCCAUGUCAUCAGCCAUCUCUGAGCCUCGCCCUUCAACAAGCAGUCCCAUGCCGUCCCCUUCCAACUGCUCCCACACCCCCCUCCUCCCUUCCCACUCCUUGGGCACCCUCCCCCCCUCACGCACCUCCCCACCUCUGCACCGCUCUACAUCCGCCUCCACCCCUCACCUGGCAGCCUCAGCCGCACUGACUGUCAGCGGCCCCCUGAAAAGAACCGCCACUCACGCCGGCCCGUCUUCUGCCCGCGUUAUACCCUCUAAAAGGCUCUCCGGGUCGCGUUAUAAGGGCCCGGGUCGAGCUUCAGCUGCGUUUGCUGCUGCGCCGGGGAAUCCAUUUGGCGUGUCUCCAUCCCCUCCUGGAAAAUCCAGUGUGUUCUCCCAUCUGUCCACGUCAGCACCGCCUGCCACGGCUUUCCCACCGCACAUGUAUACGAUGUCGUCUGUAGCGCAUCCGUCUGCAGCACAUCCGUCCUUAGCGCAUCAGUCCUUAGCGAAUCACACUCUUGGCGUGAGCAUGGGCAUGGGCAUGGGGAGUGUUAGUGCCACACACCAUGGGGCUUAUGGCGCUGCUGCUGGCGGUUAUGCCACUUCAGGAGGUUAUUCAGCUGCUGCUGCUGCUGCUGCUGCUGCUGCUGGCGCUGCUAGUGCUGGUGCAAUUGCUGCUGCUGGCGGGUACAAUUCACAUAUGGCCCUGCGCAGACAUCCCCAUGCGCCUUCUAGCUUCCGCGGCUUGUCAUAUCUCGCCCACUCGCCCCCAACCACUGCCCACUCCUUCCUCUCCCACUCGCCUCCCACACCACACUCCCUCCACCACCACCACUACCACCCGAGCCACUCCCUGCCUUCCAUUCAUAACGAGCAAAUGCAAGGGAUGCUACAGGAAAAGGGCCGUCGAAUCCGCCCCCGUGCCGACCCAGCUGCCACUAUCGGGUUUGCUUGUAAAGGGGCUGUUUCCGCGCCCGGGCCUGCUGCUUCCGAGGCAGAUGUGGGAGGUUCGGCUGCUGCUGCAGCUGCACAUUCGGCGGGCGAGGGGGUGUGCCCUAAGGGGCUUGGCACUCGAAUCAACUCGUCUGCUAGUCUCUGUACUGGCGGUGCCUCUCUGCCUAAGGACAAGGGGAAUGGUAGACUCGGGGAAGGUGGAAUAGGGGGAGGUGGGUUAGGGAAACGGGAUGGAAUGGAUGUGAUGCAUGGAGGAGAAACAGCAGUGGGAGAGGAGAGGGCUGGUAAAGAGGCAGCAGAUACUGCUGCAGAAAAUGCAGCAGCUAAUGCACUAGCAGCAACUGGCGAUAUGAACCGUAUUCCACCAAUGGUGCUCGUACCUCCAUCCAUGCGUGGUGGUGAAGAGGCUUGUAUGGAGGAUGCGUCAGGAGCAGCUGGGAGCGUUGGUGUUGCUGUCAGUAGUGGUACAAGUAUGCAGGUAGAGGGAGGGGUGGAGACGGGGAAGGGGAGUGAAGAGGCAGAACAAAGGGCAGCGACAGCAGCUGGUGGUGCUGGGAGUGGUGAUGCUGCUGCUGUCAGUAGUGCUGUGAGUCCCUACGGCUUCCCUUCGUCUGCUAGCGUGACCCCUGGAGCAGGUUUCCUUCCAGGGUCUCUAGGAGCAGCAGGGGGGAUGUCAGGAGGAUUUUCAGGUGGCCAGCCAGGUGUUUUCUCAGGUGGUUUCUUCCAUGGGGGGGUUCCUGGGUCUGUUGCAGGACCUGAGCGCAUGCACCUGAUGAUGGCUGGUGGGCCUGGAGCCGUACGCCAGAUUUCUCCUGGGAUGGGUCCGGUGGUCGGCCAGGUGCCCACAACAAUGGUCCAGGUGCCAGGCGGAAUGAUAUCUGGGGUUUCACCUGGUGCCACCCCUUCCCUGCAUCAAACACACCCUAUGCACCACCUGUACCACCCACACAUCCCACACCAUCCUCAGCACCACAUGGUGGGAUUUGCACCAGCAGGUGCAGCAGGGGUGUCAGGCGGGAGAAUGGGCAUGUAUGGGAUGGGAGGGGGCAGCAUGAGUGUUAGCAUGAGCAGUGGGGGCAGCAGCACUGCGAGUGGGGCAGGAACGGGUGUAAUGGCAGGUACAGGGGGACAGGCAGGGGGUGCAGGAGCAGGAGGGGUGGGAGGAGGGGCAGGAGGAGGGGGAGGAGUGGGAGUGGGAGGAGUGGGAGGAGUGGGGGCAGGGGGCGUGAGUGCUGAGCUUAUAGUGAAGAGGAAGAGGGGGCGGCAGAAGAAAGUGCCGUCUAAAAUCGGCCCCUGUGGUGCCACCACUAAUCUGCGUCCCCUCGCUCCUAGAAACGCUGCUGCUGCUGCCACUGCAUCCGCUGCUGGUGCGGCUGGUGCUGGCAGUGGUGGUGGGUCUGCUGGUGCUGCUGCUGGGGGAAUUGGGGGAGGAGGAGUGGGGGGAGCAGGGGGAGCAGGAGGAGCAGGAGGGGUAGGAGGGGCAGGAGGGGCAGGGGUGGGGAUUGGGUAUGGAGCUGCUACAGCAGCUGCUACAGCCGCAGGAUUGGCUGUAGCAGGACCGACGUUACCUCCGGGUUCCUCAGCUCAAUUUGGCCUCCAAAGGAUGAUAAUGGUACCUGCUACUACAGCUCAGCCCACUCUAAUCCGCGUCCCGUCCCACCCGCAGCCCUCGUUUUUGUCACACUUGCCAGGAGCACACCCCUCACACCGCUACCCCAUGCCUGGGCACCCGCCCAUCCAUUUCAAUGGGGGCAUCAUGGGCGUGGGCAGUGCUGCUGCCCUGCCGCCCCAUACAGCCCAAAAAUAG